AUGAGUGAAGCCGAAAUUUCGACAUUCCGCGACUUCCUCAAACAGUACAACGUGGUCACCGAGCAAUGUUUUGGCGCGUGCAUCAAUGAUAUGACGACGAGCUCUGUUUCGGACACUGAGACGCGAUGUACGACGAAUUGCUUGGAUAAAUUUCUCAAAAUGUCACAACGAUUAUCGGCUCGAUUCGCGGAACAUCAAAUGAUAACUGCCGAGGCCAACGGAGCUACGCUACCAAAA